GAGCUACCGCCGCCGCCGCUUGUCAUCGCCGCGGUCCCGGAGGGCCCAGCCGGUGCCGAGGAGCGCCGAGAAGCCGGGGCCACCGCCGCGGGAGCUGCAGGUGGUCUGUGGACCCUGAUGAAUAUCUGCGGGAGGACUGGAUGGUACCCCGAGCACCGAGAGCAGAAGAGGAGAGAGGCGGACACGUACGUCUCCGUCCGUGCUCCAUCUGGUCACCAUGAAGCUACACCGAGCCCCCCAGAGCCUCCUAUUAAUUCUGCUGUGCAUGCUGGGCACUGCUUCCAGAUCCAGUGGCUCAUCUCUCGGGCCACCAGCCAUCACUGCUGUCUCCUUCCUUCAAGACCUCAUGCAUCGCUAUGGUGAGGGGGAUACCCUCACCCUGCAGCAGCUGAAGGCCUUGCUCAACCGCCUUGACGUGGGGGUCGGACGAGAAAACAUCACCCAGCCACAAGUAGAACAGAGGAAUCUUUCAAGGUGCUUUAGCUCUGCAGACCUCUUUGCUGCCCACAAUUUCAGUGACCAGUCGAGGAUCGGCAAGCCUGAGUUCCAGGAAUUCUGUCCCACAAUCCUGCAGCAGCUGGACUCUCGAGCCUGCACCUUGGAGAACCAAGAGAAUGAGGAGGACGAGCAGACCGAGGAAGGGAAACCAAGUGCAGUGGAAGUGUGGGGCUUUGGUUUCCUCAGUGUGUCCCUGAUUAACGUGGCUUCUCUCCUGGGAGUUCUCAUCAUGCCCUGCACCAAGAAGACCUUUUUCAGCCGUGUCCUCACUUAUUUCAUCGCCCUGUCCAUUGGAACGCUGCUCUCUAAUGCACUCUUCCAGCUGAUCCCAGAGGCUUUUGGAUUCAACCCUCUAGAAGAUUAUUAUGUCUCAAAAUCAGCAGUGGUAUUUGGGGGCUUUUACCUCUUCUUCUUCACAGAGAAGAUAUUGAAAAUGCUUCUCAAACAGAAAGACGAGCAUCAACAUGGGCAUAGCCAUUAUGUCUCUGAGACUCUCCCUUCUAAGAAGGACCAGGAAGAGGGAGUGACUGAGAAGUUGCAGAAUGGAGACCUGGAUCACAUGAUACCACAGCACCUGAAUAGGGAUCUGGAGGGCAAGGCCCCAGGAAUGGAUGAGAAGGUCAUUGUAGGUUCUCUGUCUGUCCAGGACCUGCAGGCAUCCCAGAGUGCAUGUUAUUGGAUAAAAGGUGUCCGCUACUCUGACAUUGGCACAUUGGCCUGGAUGAUCACCCUGAGUGAUGGCCUCCACAACUUCAUUGAUGGCUUGGCCAUUGGCGCCUCAUUCACAGUGUCUGUUUUCCAAGGCAUCAGCACCUCAGUGGCCAUUCUCUGUGAGGAGUUUCCACAUGAGUUGGGCGACUUCGUCAUUUUGCUAAAUGCUGGAAUGAGCAUCCAACAGGCUCUCUUUUUCAACUUCCUCUCUGCCUGCUGCUGCUACCUGGGUCUGGCUUUUGGGAUUUUAGCUGGCAGUCACUUUUCUGCCAACUGGAUCUUUGCUCUGGCUGGGGGAAUGUUCCUAUAUAUUGCCCUGGCUGAUAUGUUCCCAGAGAUGAAUGAAGUUUGUCGAGAAGAUGAAAGGAGUGGCAGCGUCCUGAUUCCUUUUAUCAUCCAGAAUCUGGGCCUGCUCACAGGCUUCACCAUAAUGCUACUUCUCACUAUGUACUCAGGGCAAAUUCAAAUAGGGUAGUGCCAUGCCAUAAAUAGUGGGGCUAGCAGUGGGACACACUGGGGUACCCUGUCAACAGGUAGCACCGGCUUGAGGACUUGAUUUCAACAAAGCAUGAUGGAAGAGGCAUUUCUCUAAAAGGCUGUUCCGUGGACUCUAGUACCCCAUCUAAAUGUCAGAUCUCUCAAAAACACUGUAUGCUAGAAUAAACUUCCCUAGUAACUGGUUGCUAGGUAGUAGUACCUCCCACCCCUCUGCCCACUCUCUUUUCUUAAAGUGACUCUGGACCCUGAAAACAACAUAGAAGACAGACCCAGCUUCUCUCUUUGGCUACUUUCUGGUAUCUCUCAUGAGCAAGCACUGCAGGCAGUGAUACCGACAAACUCCAGAAUCUGUUUCCUCUCUGAUCCAGCACAUAUCCCAGACUCUAACACAAAACUGUAACUAGUUGUCAUGACUUGAUAUUAGGAGAUACAUCUGGACCUCACCGUGUCACUCUUUUGAGAAAAGUUCACCUCUCAUAUAGAGAGAGGAUCCAUCUCACCCCUUCAAAAUUUCUUUAGCUGCCUCAUGCUUUUCAAAAGGAAUGGGGCUAAGGAUGCUUUUAUGAGAAGGAUCUAUUGAGUGGGGAGAACGAAAGCAAAAAUGAGAAGAAAGACAAAAUGCCACAUUUCUUCUGCAGUGAUGAUGGCUUCUCCUCACUGAGGGACCGUUGUGUGCUGAGCUUCCACAGGCAUCCCCAGCAUGUCCUGACUUUUCCUCUCUUCCAAACUAGUUAAACAAUAGACAUAACUGUUACCGUUUCAGCCUCCUCUUUCCUCCAGAGUAACACUGAGAAUGGAGGAAAGGGAUUCCCUCAGCUUCCAGGAAGUGGUUCUUGCCUCUUUAGAAGCAUCUCCCUGGAGCAUUCAGGGUGUUCUUGUUAGGGAGGAGACUAUCCACAUCUUCCCCCCAAGUCAAGACCUCUACUAUAGAGGCAAACCGAGAGGGGGCAGAUGGAAGAAGAGUGGGGCUGGCCAAGAUUCAGAAUGUGUUAAGGGGAAAAUAGUGAGUGACUGGACGUGGCCAAGUGUGAGGUCAGGAAGCCUUGGCUUGAGCAGUGUAGAGGACUUAUUGAUUGCACUGUGUAUUAGCUUACAAUGCCACUGCCUAUUGUAAUGCUUUCCAAGAAAAACAAAAUAGAGGUAGUAGUGUGAUUGGUCUUUGAUAAUACCAACUUUCUAAAGAAGAUGGACGAACCUGCUGAAGCUAGAGCCAAGCCCUAGGGAGUGUGAUGGUAUGGUCAGAACUUUGGCUUCAAGGGAUAGCUGUUCCCCAAGUUCACUAGGUGAAUUGAUUUAUUAUUAUCAUAUUGAUAAUGUCUAAUUCUUCAGCCACUUGGGCAGUGAAGACCCCUGGAAGCCAUUUAAGCAGUGCCUCACUGUUGCAGCCCAGGGCCUGUCUUGGCUAAUACUCAUUUACUUAAUUGGGAAGGUUGGUAGUUCACUGCUAGCAUCUAUGACUUUUCUUCUCAUGUCUGCACAUGAGCAUAGGGCUGAUCUAUAAGAGAAGGUACUGCAACACCCUCCAUCAUAAACUAAUUAAAAACAACAUCUUUCUUUUUUUUGAUCCCCUGGAGAACUUUCCUCAUGUCACUAUCCCAUAGGAAAAAAAUGAGGGAAUUGCUGACAAUUCACUCACUGACAAGAGUUUUCCUUUUUGUCUUGCUUGUUGCCUUGGGCAGGCUGAGGCUAGGCCAAAGGAGAACAUUUGGCAGUAAGGGUUGUGGGAUGUGCAGCUUUGAUCAGAAUUAAGGUCCACUUGUACCAAAGAGCUGUUUUCUCAGAUUUUGGAACCUAUCUUUCUCUUAUUUUAAAUCAACUCUUUUGCUUCUUUUUCCCCCCAGAAAUGCUUUCAGGAACUGGGGAAACAAAAUCUACUAUAGAUCAUUCUCCAAUACAGGAGAACCAACAGAAAACCUUUAUUUUUCUUAACUCACAUUUAUAUUAAAAUGUGUAAAUAUCUCUCCUAAAGAAUUCUGACUUUCCAAAACUGUACUAAAUUCUUGGCCUUAGAGGAGAGUAUCAGUUUAGGGUCGAUGGCUUCCUGACAUAGGAGAGUUGUUCAGUGGUAUAAAAAUUAUUUGAAAUCACUUAAAAAUUUGAAACGUUUAAAAAUACAGCAUUUUAUUCUUUCUUGCAUACAUAUUAACUUAAGAACUUUCUUUCCCUUCUCCCAUAGCUGUCCCAAGAAAGUUCACAUUACAAUGUAAAAUGGCAAAGCCAGAUACAGCAAGGAGAAGGGACUUCCAAUAUUAUUGCAAUCAACUGAAAGCUGCCAUUAGCAAUAGACCUGCCUCAUAUGCUGAAAAUAUGUCUGUCAUGUAUUGGUGGAAAACUCAGUGACAUUUUAAUAUGCAUUUUCCCCUGGUUUUUAACUGUUGAAUGUGCAGUUUUAGAGCAAUUUGAUAGAUGUCGAAGGAUUAUACUCUUAUCUCUACCAUCUGCACCUCCACUUUUACUGCCUUUGUUGGCUAGCUCUAUUUUAAGAUCUGAAAUAGGGGAGGAUUGAGAUGGGGGAAGAAGAGAAAAAGUGGUAAGUCUAGUGUUUCACUCCCAGGGAAGGAGAGAACACAAAGUUAGGCUACGAUACUAUUCCCUACCACUUUUGAAGGAAGCAGCUUUCCCUUCUGUUACUAGGCCACAGGAUUAUUCCCAGCCUUUGCAGAGUUAGGAGCUGGACUGAGGUGAGAACAUUUGGAGAAGUUAACACUUGAAUGCCCAAUGCUGGCACAUUCUUCAAUCUUUAUUCACCUUCAGUCGGCCUUCCCUACAGUCUUUUCUUAAAUGAGCCACCUACUAACACAGUGGUCUCAAGAUGGCAAUUUGAAGAAGCGCUCUAUUAUUUCACUUAGCAGUACACAUUGCAUUGAGGGCAUGUAAAAGGGGAAAUCAAUUGAGUUGAGUUUAUUGUUCAUUCCUUUUUACAGUUCUACAAUUCCAUCACAGUGUUCUUUUAAAAAACUCAGGUGUUAUAAGGAAAAAAAACCCAAAAUAUAUUGUCAUGUGGACUGUGACCAUUUUAUUUGUAAGAUUCUAUAAAUAAAUUUAUAUUCUGUAA